AUGCAUAAGGGAACCGCAAUGUGUGUUAUUAACUAAGGGACGCCGUGUAUUCCUAUAGGUGUACGGUUACAUGCGAUUCAUUUCAAACGAAACAAAACCUUGUGUGUGUGUUGAAGUACAAACUAUAGUAGUGGUUUUGACUUGGGGUAUAAGAAGCCUGGUUUUUACAGUGGUAAGCAAGUCAUAAAGAUACGUGUUGCGGUAUUUCUCUAUACUAUAACAACGUCAUACUAAUUGGAGUUGGUUUAUUACAGUAGCUAAAGCAUGCAUUUAUAUUUAAAGCGUCUGUGGCCCCCAUUGUAAAAUACAAGUACAACACUGAUUAUAAGAAAUAAAUACAUCUCUAUUAAUCUGAUAGUAAUUAUGCCUUCCUCAUUAGGUAUGUUAGGCUGGGCUACUGUCGUCAUUUUCUGUAGUGUAGGAAUGUACAAAUAAAACAAAAGCAAUCAAAUGAUAUACAAACACGCACAUAGACAUUACAUAUUAUAUCAGUUAGCAUUUCUUUAUUUGUGUUUGCUUCUAAUGGAAUUUUGCAUAGAGCACAGUGACAGCAGGUGGACGGAAGUUGUAAAUGCAGCAAGGCCAGCACGGGACAUUGAAAACUAAUUUGCAUGCAGAACUGGACCAUGGUGAAAAAGGAAAUCGGCAGACCAGGCAACAAAAGCAGCCGCAAAUCAGCGAAGGGGAGCAGGAAAAAGAAGAAAGAGAAGAAGGAGAAAAAGGAGAGCGAGCCGCAGCCUGUCAGCCCACUCGUCUACAAUUCCCAUGUGGCGCUGGAGGAGCUGCUGGUAAAGCACCAGAGGAGCCCCGUGGAGGAAGGGAUCGGCAGUGUGAGAGCCGAACUCGCAGAGUACCAGGCCAGUAGGACGAAAGGUCAACAGAUCACAGUGAGGAUGGGACUGUCCCGUAAGAUCUGUCGCUUUGUGCUGCCCAUGGACAUGAAGGAGCUGGAAAACCUCACAGCCCUGGAGUAUCUGAGGAGAUACUGCUUCGUGUGCUCCAGGAGGCAAAACUACUACAAUAAGUCUUUCGACAAAUUCGACAGAGACAGGGAUGGGAUCCUCUCACUCAAGGAGAUGGAGCGCGCUCUGAAGGACGUCUACACUGAUGACAUCACCUCUGAGAAGGUGCAGGAGCUGGCAGAGCUGGUGCGGGCGGUCAGUGAGACGCAGUUCGACCGGCAGCUCUUCGGUGCCAUGUGUGCCCUCUCUGAGCGCCUGUUCUACACAUCCUUCGUAACUGAAGACACUGAGGACGCAGGGAACGGAGAGCGCCAUCGUGUUGAGGAGGCUGAUUUCUGCUCCCUGACGUCCCGGUUCAGAGGCUGCGAUAUCCAGGGUAACAUGAAGAGCCUUCUCAGCAUGCUGUAGACCACAGGAUGUGCCAACACUCAUCCGCUGAACAUUUAUUUGAAAUGUGUUUUCCAACGCUCACAGGAAGUAGUGUGACCGUACAGAACUCCAUGUUCACUGGGACGGUUUGGGCCAGGAUUCUUAACUCGCACCCCAGUGCAUUCUUGUAAGUGUGGUCCUGCUUCUCAACGAAAAGAAACAAACGAAAGGUAAAACGCCCCAGAAUGCAUUGCGAUGUGAGCUGAAGAGCCAAAACUGUCCCAAACUGUCCCGGUGAACAUUGAGUAACCCUAACAGGCAGGCUAAUUUGAAAUAGUCUGCAGCCGCAGUAGAUAACUGUUUGUCCCGGCUCCCCAGGUCAGUAAGACAGUACACGGAUACUCAAAACCGCUCAUUUCCACUGCCACUUGAUAUCGGGGCGUGCCUGCAGAAUGCCAGUAGCCAGCAGCUCCUCAGGGUGUAAAUGUCACCUCUGACGUCACUGUGCCGUACUGAAACAGGUUCCAGUGAAAAAGGCUCUGUUUAAAUACACAGUUGUGCCGUGAGCAACGAAGUGCAAACCAGCCACACCCCAUACCUGCGUGUUUCAAGGAUCACAGAGCUGUCUGAUUGAACAGCGUGCAUGAUCAGGAGUGUGGUUCAAUUCCCGCGAGCCCAGGUACAACUCAAUACAGUUACCCAUAGCAAACUGGGAGGAGUAAAUUCAGUAUAUUAACGUCUGCUGCUUGUCCAUCCCCCGUGGCAAUCAGAUAAUGACAUGAGCCUAAUGAUGCUAAAAAUCAAACGGGGGAAAUGUGACUGGAAAGAGACUUUGAAAAUAACUACAUUUUUUAUAUGUUUAAUAAGUGAAUAACAUUUUUUUUUUUAAAUUAAUGUUAUAAUCGUUUUAUGGGCCAAGGUGUUUACAAUAUACUUUAUUUAACAUUACAGUACAGGAUCUAAUGUUAGAAUAUUAUGUUAUGUACAGUAUAAACUUUGUCACCUUUUUAAUUAGCGUGUAUCUGCAUACAUACAAUCACAGCAAUUUCAUAAGAAAAAACCAUUUAAUAAAGCUUAAUUACAUGUUUAAAUGUA